CUGGGAGCGCGGCCUGCCGAGGAGGUGACUCUGGUGUCCCCCACUCAGUCACACUCCGCGCACUCACACACUUGGAAGCGCCUCCCCACGUCCCUCCUCUGCCCUCCUCUUGCUCUGCUCUUCUCUCUCUCACCGCAGUCGCCGACCGACUGCCAAUCCGCGUCUCUCUCUCUCUCUCUCCACAACAUGACUGACUGGGAAGCGGUGGCUCAGGCAGAGCAGCUCUGCUGGCGCAGGCAGGAGGAGCAGGAGGAUUAUUAAAUAACGCAGCUCGACUCUGCAACUGGGAGUGGAGAGAAGGAGCCCAACAGCCGAGAAGGGGAGGGAGGGCAGAGGAGGGGGCCCAGGAAAGACACCCCCGUGCCCCGAAGACAUAAAUCCCCGAGUGCCCGGGAGAAGCCUUACCAAGCGGCGCGGAGCCCUCAAGGCUGCUAAGUUGGCUAUCACAGUGCAAGCCUUGGAGUCCCGAUGGGGGACUCUGGAUCAAGACGAUCUACCCUGGUCUCCCGGUUGCCAAUAUUCAGAAGGAGUAUUAGCAGAAAACAUGAUUCUCUGCCUUCUUCACCCUCCUCCAGUAAUACAGUUGGUGUCCACAGUUCCUCUCCUUCCAGCACUAACUCAAGCUCAGGUAGUACAGGUAAACGCAGGAGCAUCUUCCGUACUCCUUCCAUUAGCUUCCAUCACAAGAAAGGGAGUGAACCCAAGCAAGAACCUACCAACCAGAACCUUAGUAUUUCAAAUGGUGCUCAACCUGGUCACAGCAGUAUGCAAAAACUGAGUUUGGAAGAACAUAUUAAAACCAGGGGGAGACAUUCUGUUGGUUUUAGUAGUUCACGAAAUAAGAAGUUAACAAGGUCUUUGACAGAGGAUUUUGAAAGGGAAAAGGAGCACUCAGCUAAUAAGAACGUCUUCAUAAAUUGCCUGAGUUCUGGCAAAAGUGAGGGGGAUGAUUCUGGAUUUACAGAAGAACAGACUCGCCGUUCUGUUAAGCAGUCAACAAAGAAGCUUCUUACUAAAUCUUUUUCAUCUCACUAUAAAUUUUCUAAGCCAGUUCCUCAGAGCCAGUCCAUUUCACUGGUACAACAGUCUGAAUUCUCACUGGAAAUUGCACAGUACCAAGAGAGGGAACCUGUAUUAGUAAGAGCUUCUCCGUCUUGUUCUGCGGAUGUCACAGAACGGGCGGGAAGCUCUUUACAAUCUCCAUUGCUUUCUGCUGAUCUUACUACAGCUCAGACUCCUUCAGAGUUCUUAGCCUUGACUGAAGAUUCUGUGUCUGAAGCGGAUGGAUUUCCUAAAAGUGGAAGCCUGGCAUCCCACUGUGACAACUUUGGCCACAAUGAUUCUACCUCUCAGAUUUCUCCCAAUCCUGCUGCUGUUACAAAGACAACAAUGGACCUUGUGGGAACUGUUCCCUGUGCAAUUAUGUCUCCUGGGAAAUACAGGUUAGAAGGUCGAUGUAGCACCGAAUCUAAUUCCUUACCAGAAACCUCUGCUGCUAACCAGAAGGAAGUGUUACUGCAAAUCACUGAACUACCUGUUAUGAAUGGGAGUGACUCAGAGACUCACCUGUCAGCAGGUAUAAAAAGAGAAGAAUGUAUGUUGAUACAAAAUGGUGAAGCGAUGCUGGCGACAAGCUCCCCAAGGAAACUUGGAUAUUGUGAGCAACAUAAAGCAAUAGCUGAACGAGUUAAAGGGAUCCAUCCUAUUUCAGAUUCAAGGAUAAUACCCUCUUCUGGUGAUCAUCACAUCUUUAACAAAACAUCAUAUGGGUAUGAUGCAAAUCCUGCCAAAGUUCUUGCCAGUAGCUUCAGUCCGUAUCGCGAAGGAAGAUUUAUAGAGAGGAGACUGCGAUCCUCAUCAGAAGGAACUGCAGGGAAUAGCAGAAUGAUUUUGAAACCAAAAGAUGGAAAUGCAGAAGAAGUUAAUAGUCUAAGAAAGCAAAGAGCAAGUUCAUCAUCUUCAAAAAUGAAUAGCAUGGAUGUUUUGAAUAAUUUGGGCUCUUGUGAAUUGGAUGAAGAUGAUCUAAUGCUUGAUUUGGAAUUUUUAGAGGAACAGAAUCUUCGUCCUUCAGUUUGCCGGGAGGAUUCAUACCACUCUGUGGUCUCGUGUGCUGCUGUGGUUCUCACUCCUAUGGAACCAACAAUAGAAAUGAAGAAAAGAGAAGAACUAAAAUUUCCUGAACCUUCCAAACAGAACCUGUCCCUGAAAUUAACAAAAGACAGUGAUCAGGAAGCCAGGUUUUCCCAUGUGAGCCGAAUGCCCAGCAGUCCAUCUGCAGAUUGGCCCCUGCAAGGUGUGGAGGAAAAUGGAGGCUUAGAUUCUCUGCCAUUCAGACUGAUGUUACAGGACUGCACAGCCGUCAAGACCUUAUUAUUAAAGAUGAAGAGAGUUCUUCAAGAGAGUGCAGAUAUGAGCCCAGCAAGUAGCACUGCUUCACUUCCUGUUAGUCCUCUUACGGAAGAACCAUUGCCUUUCAAGGAUAUCAUGAAAGAUGAAUGCUCACUGCUGAAACUGCAACUGAAAGAGAAGGAUGAACUCAUUUCCCAACUUCAGGAAGAACUGGAAAGAGUCCGGCAUUUACAGAAGGCUUUUACUUCAAAAGUAGAUAAAUCCACACAAACUGAACUUCUAGGCUAUGAUGGUUUGAACCAGAAAAGACUGGAGGCAGUACAAGGCGGGAGAGAGGCUACAUAUCGAAAUCGAAUUGUGAGCCAAAGUCUCAGCACAAGGGACAGAAAAGCAGUGCAUACUCCCACCGAGGACCGUUUUAGAUACUCAGCAGCAGACCAGACAAGCCCCUACAAAAGCAAAACCUAUCAACUCUCAAGUCUAUGUUUAAGUAAUUUUUUGAAGGACAAGGAACUAGUGGAAGUCAUCAAACACUCUAGAGGAACUUACGAAACCCUCACGUCAGAAGUCACCCAGAACUUACGGGCCACUGUGGGGCAGAGCUCUCUGAAGACAACAGCUAAGACAGAAGGGCUCUCCACCUUCUCAGAGAAACCAAAGGACCCAGCCACUGUGGCCCGUCAGCAUUCAACCUUCACAGGCAGGUUCGGACAGCCACCCAGAGGGCCAAUCUCUUUACACAUGUACAGCAGGAAGAACGUUUUUCUCCAUCACAAUUUACAUACAACUGAGCUGCAGACUCUAGGCCAGCAGGAUGGCUAGUUAACUCACCCUGUCCUGUCUCUGGGUGGGAUAAAGAUGGUUAGUGUUUCUCGUGCAUAGCUCAUAUUAAAAUUGUCAUGUAUUUCUUACUACUUUUUAUUUUUAGUUAUAAACAAAGAAUUUGACACACUUUGUUUUUUUAGAAUGAGGGUUUAAGCAUGUUAAUUGAAUUAGGUUUAAUAGCCUUGGAGACUUCAUUAUAUGUAUGUAUAAUAAAUGAGACCAUCUUGCCGGUUUAUAUAGUCCACAAUUUAUCUUUUAUCUUUAUCAGUCACUUAUAUGCAGUGAAGUUUCAGAAGGUAAUAUCAAAUAGCACUCUGUUCGCUUAAUGCUGUUACUGUGAAAAUAGAUGUGAGGAAUAAAAUAGAUGAAGGAAUUGUAAAGAAUUUUAAAUUAAUAGGAGAAGACAAGACGGAUUUUAAAGUCUUAUAUUUGGUGGUGUGUUUAUUUGAAGAAUGAAGCUUCUUGCAUGUAACCUAGAGACGUGUUCGUCUCUCUGUUACAUACAUUCAAGCUCAUCUUGCCAUACUAUUAAGGGGGAAAGUGCUAUUUCUUUUACCCUCUACACGUUUAGUUCACAAAGGAUUUCAGACUGAGUAAUUGCUAGCCAAAUAGAGAAUGACAGCUCUGAUCUUUGAAAAAAUUUGCUUUAAGUUUUUGCUAUUGAUGUUGAAGUACUAUGACAUAACACAGUGAGGUGGUAACGUGGGCCGGAUUUGGUCAAAUGAUGCAUAAAGCAUGACAUGCUAUGCUCUUUGAGUCACCAGCAUGGUUAUAUCAGCAGUUUUUUAAAUUUGAGGAUGGAACAUUCUAAGAAUAUUAUUUGACUUCACUUUCCUUGUAUUUUUUAAAUUUUCACUUUUUAUGUGUGUCCAAUUUUGCUUUACAUACAUUAACCCAUAUCAUUGACUACACGAUGAAUUGAGAAACAAAGUCAUUUUCUUGGUAGCCCAGUUGUAUACUAUUUUGACUAUUCAGUCAUCUAGAUUUAGAAGAGAAAGUGAAAUAUCUGUAAACUUUGGCAGUUUGAUCUUAGAAAUAAAUCUCUAACAGACAUACUUGUUUGAUGGCAAAUAUUUCCCUUUAACAAACAAGGCCUAUUAUGUUUUAUACUUAAGUGCACCUGAGAUGAAUAAAAUAAUUCCUUUAUGUUUAAUUAAUAGCAGAGUUGAUUACAGCUAUAGAAAUAAAUAAAUAAUUUUAAAAUGACCAGUAAGAAUCAGGGCUGUAGUUUUCUUACACAACCAUAAAAGCUAACAACUGAGCCCUUAUUAGGCAUAGUCCAUGCAAAUUGAAAUUGUCAUACCUACUGCAUGAUCUGUUUCCCUUGCACUAACAGUCAGAAUCCAUGAAAUGAACAAAGGGAAACUGAGAUAGCAGUUUUAGCAUGGCAUUUGACCAACCUGCUUAAAUUAUGGCUAUAUGUGAAACGCUUCUCCUAAUGCAAAAGUGCAUUUGAGAUCUACGCUUUGGGGAAAGCCAUUAGGUUCCCUGCCCCCAGUUUUAACUAUCAAACUUUGACCAAUUUUUAAACUUUGAUUAGAAUUGAUAAGACUAAAGAGUUUAGUGAAUGCAAUGUUCUUGUAAUUUUGGUUUUCCAAAGGAAAACACAUGUGCAUCAAGACAAAUGUUUGCCAAAUGUUUUCUUUCUUUGUGUGUUUUUAAUUCUGCCAAAAGAGAAUAAUGCACACUGCAAUUUGCUUGGCUUAAUGAGACUGCUAUCUAAAAUUCCCACUAUACUUUAGAAGUUAUAAUAUUCAUGCAGACAGACAUUUUGGGCUAGAAAAUAUUUAAGAAGUGAUAGAAAAAUUAUGAUGACUUAUUGUGGAAUUCAGCUUCAUUUGUCCUGAACGUUGGUGUGUGUUGUUAGAGUAUUUGAAGUCUGUAAAUAAAUUAGCACAGUAAAAGAAUCAAGGAUUUUUUCCCAGGAUAUGGAAAAACUAUGUAUCACAAAUAAUGUUUUUGCUUUGGACUUCUGGAGUUUAUAGUUUUGUUUUCCUGGAAGAUAGACUUUUGAAUUAUACUUUGUAAGAAAUAAUCUAUUUAAGAAAACGUGUCAUUUAAUAGACAUUUUAAGAGAAUGUUUUAAACACUAGUAUUUUCUUGAAAAAUCUUUUUUAAAGCUGAAACAUUCAAAAAGAAAACCUGGAUUAAACAGUUCAAUUUUAAAAGGAGGGGUAUUUUUUGGAAAUAUCAUCUUAAAGCUGUUUUGUAUCAGUAUUUUCAGCAUUGUUAUAAUAUUAUUUGUAAUACUAAGUGUAACUCAGGCCUGGAGAAGGUGUAAGCCCACCACGCCAAUGUACAUCAGUAACUGUAAAGCAGGGGUCCUUUGUAAGUUCCUCUUGUGUACAUAGAGAACUCAUGUGGGCAUUCUUUCAGCAAAUUGAUUUCUUUGUACUAAAAUCUCUAGUUUUCUAAGACAGUUCCAUGUAUAAAAAUGAUUUAUACAUUUCUCCAAGGCGGUACAUAUCCAAAGACAUGACACCAGGGGGAAAAAGUGCUUGUUUUUCUGAUGGGAGCAGUUGUCUUUUCUUUCCCUUCCUGUUUCUUCUGUGCAUGUGUAUGUGUAGCUAAGCCUAAGUAAACCUGUAAGAUUUUUGCUGCAGAGUUUCUCUUCUGAAUUUAGAAUGUGUGUUAAAGGACACCUAAGAAGAGACAUUCCUUGAGGAAAAGCUGUU